AUGGGCUCGAGUAAAGUGGUUGCUAAAGGUGAAAAGGCACCAAAGUUGAGCGCCAAGGAGAAGGCGAAGGAGGAUAGCGACUCGUUCUCGACGUCUGCGAGCAGCAGCAGCAACACUUCGGAAUCCGAUUCAGAUUCGGAAUCUUCCUCUUCGGACGAAACUUCGUCGUCGUCGUCAUCGUCGUCAUCUGGCAGCAGCAGUAGCAGCGAGUCUGAGAAUUCAGAUUCUUCUUCGUCCAGCAGCAGCAGCAGCAGCGUUUCAUCGUCAUCCUCGAGUGAUUCGGGUUCCAGUUCGAGCUCCUCGGACUCUUCUUCAGACUCUUCGAGCUCAUCCUCCAGUUCUGACUCGGACUCAGAAUCUAGUUCCAGUUCCAGUUCCAGUUCCAGUUCUAGUUCCAGUUCCAGUUCUAGUUCCAGUUCCAGUUCUAGCUCUUCGGAGUCCGGUUCCGGUUCCGACUCCAGCUCUAGCUCCAGUUCCUCAAGCUCUUCGGAGUCCGGUUCAGACUCAGACUCCAGUUCCAGUUCCAGUUCUAGUUCUAGUUCUAGUUCUAGUUCUAGUUCCAGCUCUUCUGAUUCUGAUUCUGAUUCUGACUCCAGCUCCAGCUCCAGCUCCAGCUCUAGCUCUUCGGAGUCCAGUUCAGAUUCAGACUCAGACACAGACUCCAGCACCAGCUCCAGCACCAGCUCUGGCUCCGAAAGCGAAAACACUGCUAAAAGACCUCGCGAGAAUGAGGAAUCCACGUCGUCCAAGUCGUCAACCGCAGAACCCACGCCGGAACCUGAAACGAAAAGGAACAAGCUUAACAUUUCCGCCGGUACUGAUGAGAUAAAAGAGGGCCAGAGGAGGCACUUUUCCCGUAUAGAGAGGGAGAAGAUUGCAUUUGAGGCAUGGGAGUUGACGGAUAACACGUACAAGGGCGCUGCGGGGACGUGGGGGGAGAUGGCCAACGAAAGACUUGGCCGCGUCCGCGGGAAGGACUUCACCAAGAACAAAAACAAAAUGAAGAGAGGGUCCUACAGAGGUGGGUCCAUCACCAUGGCGACAGGGUCCUACAAGUUCACCGAUUGA